CACCAAAUUUGAUGGCCACCACUGGAAGCCCUCAAGAACAUCCAGCUCCACCCUUAACGACUGAAAGGAAGACCAACUGGCGGGUUGUCUCUAUGCCGCUACGAGAAGAGGGUUUAGGAAGGGAAGCCAGCAUCUGUGGUCCCGGUCAGAUAAGUCUCGUGGGUAGCCGGGCAGGGCCACCACACUCUUGUCCCGCUCAACCAUGGCGCGUCCACUCAACAUGGACACCCUCCAGCAGAACUUCUGGAAGGAAGAAUAUGGGAAGGAGAUCAUGCUCCGUUUUGCCUGGCACCAAAAGUACGGGGCCUUGGUCAAAGCCAAGCAGGAGAGCCUACGCGAACGCCGCAAGAAAGCUGAAGACACCACCCUACGCCUGCCCUCCGUCCGCCCCCCACCCCCAGUCAAACCCAGCUCUCCCCCUCCACCCCUCCCUCCUCCCCUGCCCAAGCCGGUCCAGCCGCUGCCUCGGCAACGCGACCUGACCGGGCUGGACAAGGCCCUCCUGGAGAUGGAGAUGAAGCCGGCUCCUCGCGAAGUGCGCAACCUUCUCUACCAGGGUAUCUCUCACGAGGACGAAGGACGUUUCCGCUACUUGAAGCUGCGCCUCCUCGUCCCGCCGGAGGAAAAAUACACCUUCCCCAUCACCACCAACUUCACCUACGGCUGGCAGAUGGGGAAAAUGGCUGCCUCCCACGUGGCCCCCACGGCCAAGACCCGCACCGACAGCUUCUUCCGAAAGAACGGCGCCUUCUCUUUGCUGCAUCCUCGGGAUGUGGCCCUCUGAAGUGUCAAUUCCACAAAACCGAGACUAUGUGAUUACUUUGGUGGCCGUCUCCUUCCUUGGCCGGUAUCUAAGGUGGCUUCAGGAUGAUCUAGAUUAGGGCUGUCAAAAACUCAACUUCAUUCAGGGCUGCAUCAGGGUUGUAUUUGACCUUGGAGUGGGGUGGGGGGGGCGUGGCCAGCUUGAUGUCACUCAUUGAGGUUCUGCUUUUGGGCGUGAUGUCCUCUCGCAGUCCUCUGCCCGCGAAAAGAGAGCCUGGGAAGCCCAAGUAUGGCCCUUCCGAGCAGUAGUGGGUUUCAAAUCCUCCCACUACUGAUUUGCUUGAGGUGUGCGCACUUGCGCAUAUGCACAGAGACAUCCGGGCGGGUGGGCAGCGCCUCCUACCACCACUGGUUCGCCCUGGUUUUCCCAAACCGGGGCGAACCAGUAGUAACCACCACUGUUCCUGAGCUCUGUUUUUGCUUGCAGAGGGCUGCAGGAGGCUGUUGCAGCCAAAAACAGCUUGGGAGGCCCGCGUGUGGCCCUCCCAAGCAGUACAGGGUUUCAAAUCCCGCCACUACCGGUUUGCUCAUGGGUGUGCACAUGUUCACGUGCGCAACACUUCUACCCAUGCGCAGAGACAUCCGGCGAAGUGGGCAGAGCCUCCCACUGCUGCUGUUACUGGUUCACCUGAUCUGGGGCGAACCGGUGGCAACCCACCAUUCUUCUGAGCUCCAUUUUUGCUUGCAGAGGGCUGCAGGAGGCUGUCGCGGCCAAAAACAGAGCCCAGGAGGCCUGCAUAUGGCCCUCCUGAGCUCUGUUUUCACUGGCAGCAGCACCAUAGGCUGGUCCUUUGCUGUUUCCAGAGCACCCUGUGGGCCGGAUGCGGGCCACAGUCUUUGAGUUUGGCACCCCUGAUCUAGAACCAUCUAUCCAAGGCAGGUUUGGGCAGUGAAAAGAAAGGCCUAGCUUCACUCCGUGUGACUCCAGCCCCCGAACCUGGCCCCAUGCCCGAAAGUGACUCCGAAAGUGAGGGGGAAGGGCCGGUAAGGCUUACCUUGGGAGCCCCGAUGCCUUUGGCCCGACUCCAGGAGCCAGAACCAGGCCAGUCGGAGGACGUAAUGAGGCCGUCAUCCCCUGAUUCCUCCCUUCCCCAGGCUAUGCCUUCAGACCAAGGUGAGAAUAAUAAUAGUCAAGCUUGAAUUGACCCACGCUUCAGAAGAUUAAAGAGGCGGUGUCAUCAAAAGAAAUGGGGGGCAGGAGCCCCACCCCACAGGAUAUAUAAGGAGCUUUGGGACUGCUCUCACUCCACGGGAAGCAAAAGUUUAGCUGAACCAUUUCAAAAAGAGCUGAAAGUCUUGCUACGUGAGUCAUUUGUUUGAACGUUGGCAGGCAGCUGCGAUUUCUCUGCCAAGACUGAUAAGAGCCAUGAAUCCACCGGCUGAAGGCCAGCUCGUGGGUCUGAAGUGGGGAAGGAGACAGAACUCUGUGAUCUCAGAGAGGUCUGUGACUCACUUAACAACCGUCUUCCUUAGCAACGGAAAUUCCGGCUCCAGGGGGUCGUGUCAUCCUAUUAGGGACUCUAGGUGUCAUUCAAUGGGCUUCAAACUUUCUUCCAAGGUUUUAAUCCAUGGACAUUUUGCAUUUUUGGACAACUGCAGUAUAUUCACUAUGAGGGGCUACAGGUAGUACCUAACUUUCGACCACAAUUGAGCUCAAAAUUUCUGUUGCUAAGCAAGACAAUUGUGAGCUUUGCUGCAUUUUACGAUCUUCCCUGACGAAGUUGUUAAGUGAAUCACGGACGUUGUUAAGUCAAGUUACACGGUUGUUAAGUGAAUCUGGCUUCCCCAUAAACUUUCCUGGUCAGAAGGCCGCAAAACCCCGCAACACUGCAACCGACAUAAGUACAUGCCAGUUGCCAAGCCUCUGAGUUUUGAUCACAUGACCCGCAUGGAGUUCAGUCAUAAGUCAUUAAUGGCCCUCCUUGAAUUAUGACCGUAAUUAAGCCGUCCAUUUCAGUUCCUUCGUCAGUUUUGAGGGGUUUGAACCACGGAAUUCUGGGAAUUGAAGUCCACACACAUCUUAAAAGUUGGCAAGCUUCAAAAACACGGGUUUAAUGGAUUCUUGGUAAAAACCAUUCCAACUCCAUACGUUGUACACUUCUGUGAAAUAAGACAGCAACACACAGCAAGGAGAACAUAUUAGAAACACUGCCUGCUUCAUCAUGGAUCAAAUCAUCUACAAAAUAGUGGUGAAAUCCAAAUUCUUUUACUACCGGUUCUGUAGGUGUGGCUUGUUGGGUGUGGUAGGGGAAGGAUACUGCAAAAUUCCCAUUCCCACCCCUCUCCAGGGGAAGGAUACUGCAUAAUCUCCAUUCCCACUCCACUCCUGGGGGAAGGAUACUGCAAAAUCCCCAUUCCCACCCCACUCCAGGGGAAGGAUACUGCAAAAUCCCCAUUCCCACCCCACUCCAGGGGGGAAGGAUACUGCAAAAUCUCCAUUCCCACCCCACUCCACUCAUGGGGAAGGAAGCUUUGCUGGCUGAGGGACUCUGGGAGUUGAAGUCCACAAGUCUUAAAGGGACCAAGGUUGGA